AUGGAGGUCGGCGUAGCUGGCCUUGACGAGCUCGAAGCGCCCCCACCGGACGAAAACCCAUACGAGUCAGCAACCCGUCGUCACCGAAGCCUUGAAGACGCAAGACGCUUAUCUCGCGGCCUGAGUGCCCACCGAGUGGCAGAAAGGUCGACGCGCGAAGAGAGGAAACAGCGACUGCUUGCGCAACUGUACACGCAGUCUUGGCUUAUAUUCUUUUCGCUGUUCGGCACGCUCGCGCGCCUCGGCGUGGAAUGGGCCACACGCUAUCCCAACGCACCCGUGACUACAAACGUCCUGUGGGCGAAUGUGGGCGGUUCCUUCAUCCUAGGCUAUCUACAAGAGGACAGGGCACUCUUCGCAGAGCGUCGUGGUAGCGCGUUGUUCUCGCCACCGAGCUCGUCGAACAGCUCGGGAUCGGGCGCGGAGAAGGGAAGCCGCAAACUGCAUGCAGAGCACCUGGCCAAAAAGAAGACGCUGCCACUGUACAUCGGCCUCACCGUGGGAUUCUGCGGCUCCUUCACAUCUUUCUCCUCUUUCAUGCGCGACCUCCUCCUUGCUUUAUCCAAUGACCUUCCCUCCCCAGCCCAGAGCUCGUCCCCCGAAGCUCGAAGCGCUGGAUGGAGUGUAUCCGCCGUUCUUGGCGUCGCUAUCAUCGAAGUCGCCGGCUCGCUCUCCGCGCUCCAGGCAGGCGCACACCUUGCGAUAGCAGUUCUACCCCUCCUUUCAAAACUGCCCAAGAUAAACUCAGCUCGAUACAUGAACCCUCUUGGCGUUGUCCUCGGUGCCGGAUGCUGGCUCGGCGCCGUUCUGUUGGCCAUCUGGCCACCGCAGAGCAGCUGGCGUGGUGAAGUGCUUUUCGCGCUCGUAUUUGCACCGCUCGGAACCAUGAUGCGCUACAUCCUAGCCAUCACGCUCAACGGUAUCGUUGCAUACUUUCCGCUCGGUACAUUUGCCGCCAACAUCUUCGGAACCAUGGUGCUUGGGAUAGCAUAUGAUCUGCAGCACGCGCAACUGCACCCGGCGGACAGUGUUGGAGGCGGUAUCGUCGGCUGCCAGGUACUUUCUGGCAUUCUAGAAGGGUUCUGCGGAUGCCUGACCACCGUCAGCACGUGGGUGGUCGAACUCAAGAGUUUAAGAAAGCACCAUGCCUAUGGAUAUGGCAUCGUGAGCGGUAUGGUCGGCUUUUUCUGCUUGAUUAUUAUCGUCGGUUCGCUCCGGUGGACACUAGGGCUAAGCACCCCUAUCUGCUCCAUGUAG